UCUUCCUCCUCCUUCUCUCCGGGUCCCAAGAGAUCACCCCCGGGAAGCGACGUUUUGACGGGGGCACGGCACGGCCCGAAGAAAUCGAAGCCAAGAAAGCUUGUGCCUGGCUGCGAGCAGCAGGCUUCCCCCAGUAUGCCCAGCUGUACGAAGACUCCUUGUUUCCUCUUGACAUCAGUGCUGUGAAGAAGGAUCACAGCUUCCUGGACCAGGACUCCCUCAAAUCCCUGUGCAGGAGGCUGAUGACCCUGAACACAUGUGCCUCCAUGAAGCUGGAAGUCCACUUUCAGCGUAAACAGAAUGAAGACUCUGAGGAGGAAGACCUGUGUGCCAUCAGCGACCGCUGGGCUUUUCAAAGGGACAGCAGGAGGUGGUCACGGGUGGGGUCGGUUGAUGUCCUCUCCCAGGGCUCCGAGGUCCUGAGCUCCAGCAUGCGGCCCGUGUCCAGCCGUGAGAGCAUCCUCACAGACCUCAGCACCAACCCGGAGGCCGUGUCCCUGCACAGCGCUGGCAGCACGGGCAGCACGGGUGGCACGCUGGGCACCGGGGCAGCACCGCCUGGCCCCCCCUCCCCCAUCCACACCACCGCCGCCGCCAUCACCACCUCCAGCUGCAGCCUGAGCGAGCGGUCCUUGCCGGAGCAGCCCUCAAGCUGCGACAAGGGCUCCAAGGAGAAGCCAAAGAAGCGACGCUCUCGCAGCUUCCUGAAGAGGAUCGAGUCCCUCCGAAGGAAGGACAAGGAGAAAGCCAGCCCGGACGAGAAGGUGGCCCCACACGGCAGCACUGCAGCUGCAGCAGGAUGGGGUUCCCUCAAGACCAAUGGGGACCUUGCAGCCACCAAGGCCAGCUCCUCAAAAAAAGGGAUCUCUGCCUCUUUCCAAGGCAAAAAACGCUUCUUCUCGGUAUCCUACAGGACUAACCGCUCGCUGGGCUCGGGUGGGAGCAAGGUGGGCUCAGACCCGAAGCGCAGCGGAGUCUACCUGGAGGACUAUGACAGCGCCGUGGCGGCUGGCGGUGACUGGGCGGCGGGAGGCUGCCAGCCCCCGCAGGCGCACCGUGGCAACUGCCUGGUCUACAUCCCCCGGGACCACAAGCCGGGCACCUUCCCCAAAUCCCUCUCCAUCGAGAGCUUGUGUCCCUUGGGCGGCAGCUCCCUGGCCCACUGGAAGUUGGGGAAGGGCUCUGCGGGGCUGGGUGCAGGUGGCAGCAGCAGCAGCGGCGAGGGCUUGUCCUCCCCUCGGGGCUUCUCCUGCCGGCAGCGGCACCGCCGGGGCUCCUGCAGCUCCCUGGGCAGCCGCCUCAGCCUCUACGACAACGUGCCCGAGUUCGGCAGCAGCGAGGAGUUCUGCAAGGAGGAUGGGGAGGUGACCUACGAGAACCUGGAUGACAUCCUGCAGCACAUGUGGGGGCUCCAGCAGAAGGUGGAGCUCUGGUAUAAAGCCAUCUCCCCUGACCUGGCUGGGGAGGAGGGGGGAGAGGAGGAUGGGGAGGAUGAGGAGGAGGAGGAGGAAGAAGAAGGGUCAGACUCGGGAGGGGAACCCUCCAACCUGCACUUUGAAGAGCGAUCCAUGUCAGAUGUUGGCACCUCCACCAGUGACUUUGACAGCACAGGCAACUCCCUCAACGAGGCUGAGGAGAUCGAGAUGCGGGAGCGCCGCGACUCCGGGGUGGGAGCGUCGCUCACCAGGCCCUGCCGAAAGCUGCGUUGGCACAGCUUCCAGAACUCACACCGGCCCAGCCUGACCUCUGCCUCCCUGGAGAUCAACCGCCAGUCCUCUGCACAGCUCAACCUGCUCCAGAAGUGCUCCCUGCUCCGUCUCACAGCCAUCAUGGAGAAGUACUCUGUGCCCCACAAGCAAGCCUGGACAUGGACUGUGCCCAAGUUCAUGAAGCGAAGCAAAGUCCCAGACUACAGGGACAAGGCAGUUUUUGGGGUGCCUCCUGUUGUCAAUGUGCAGCGGACGGGGCAGCCCCUGCCACAGAGCAUCCAGCAGGCCAUGCGCUACCUGCGCAGCCGGUGUCUGGACCAGGUUGGCAUCUUCCGUAAGUCAGGGGUGAAGUCACGGAUCCAGGCGCUCCGGCACAUGAACGAGACCAGCCCCGAGCACGUCAGCUACGAGGGGCAGUCUGCCUACGACGUGGCCGACCUGCUCAAGCAGUAUUUCCGGGACCUGCCCGAGCCCAUCUUCACCAGCAAGCUGACAGACACCUUCCUGCAGAUCUACCAGUUCGUCUCCAAGGAGCAGCGGCUGCAGGCGGUGCAGGCGGCUGUGAUCCUGAUGCCGGAUGAGAACCGGGAGGUGCUGCAGACCCUGCUCUACUUCCUCAGCGACAUCGCCUCUGCCGAGGAGAACCAGAUGACUGCUGGCAACCUGGCCGUGUGCUUGGCCCCCUCCAUCUUCCACCUCAACGUGUCCAAGAAGGAAAGCACGUCUCCGAGGGCAAUACACAAGAGGGGCACCAUGGGGAAGCCUGACCAGAAGGACCUCAAUGAGAACAUGGCUGCGACGCAGGGGCUCUCCCACAUGAUCACUGACUGCAAGAAGCUGUUCCAGGUCUCCCAUGACAUCUUGCUCCAGCUGAGCAGCUCCUAUAUGGCAGCAGAUGCUUAUCCCCAUCCCUUGACUGACUUCAUGUGUCAAGGAGAAAGCAAGGAUCUACACUCCUACUUCGAGCAGAGCAUCCAGAACCUGCUCAAAGAGUCAUCAGAGAAAUUCAAGGGGUGGCUGAGCACCCCAGGGCCCCUGAACACAGAGCUCUCCUGCAAAAAGGUUGGGGACGGGCACCCUCUGCGCUUGUGGAAGGUCUCCACGGACAUCGAGGCCCCUCCUGCCACAGUGCUGCACAGGGUGCUUCGGGAGCGCCACCUCUGGGAUGAGGACCUGCUACAGAGCAAAGUGGUGGAGGCCCUGGACAAGAACAUGGAGGUCUACCACUAUGUCAUGGACAGCAUGGCCCCGCACCCGCGCAGGGACUGCGUGGUGCUCCGGCGCUGGCACACGGACCUGCCCCGGGGAACCUGCCUGCUCGUCUCCAUCUCGGUGGAGCACGACAAGAUGCCAGUGGAGGGAGGUGUCAAAGCCAUCAUCCUGACCUCCCAGUACCUCAUUGAGCCCAGCGCCAUGGGCCGCUCCAGAGUGACCCACAUCUGCAGAGCUGACCUCAGGGGCCGGUCUCCCGAGUGGUACAACAAGGUCUUUGGCCACCUCUGUGCCAUGGAGCUGGCAAGGAUCCGAGACUCCUUCCCAGUCCUGAGUCCCAAUGGCCCUGAGACAAAGAUCUGAGGCACGGGGAAGAUGCUCUGACCUGUCUGACAUGGACUUGCCGGUGGAUCUGUGCUGGGGCUCUCAGCAGGGAGCACAGCCUGGGCAGCUGGCCAUAGAGAGGGAGCCUGGUGUGCUCCCAUCUUGCUGAGCAUCCUUUUACCCUGGACUGGCCGUUCCCCAUCCCACCAUCCCAGUUGCUGCUUCAGCCACCCAUUGUAGAGGUGAAGCCAUGCAGCCUGUGGUCUCUGCAGGAAGGUUGGUGAGCAGAGGGAAGGAGAGUGGCUAUGGGAGGACCCCAGGGAGCAGCCUGGGAAGCAGGGCUGGCCAGUGGCUGGCUCGGGUUGAGCUGGUCCUCCAUGAGAUGUGGGGGCAGAAGGCGCAUGGAGCGAAGUGAGGAGGAUGGUGCCAUGUCCGUACGCUGGGUUGGGAAGUGAAGGGUGGGCAGUGAGGAGUGGAUGGUGAAUGCAGGGGCAGUCAGGAGUCAUGGUGAGAAGCUGUCAGGUAGUGGAAGAGGCUGCUGGUCUGGGAGAAGAGGUCUACACAUGGCUUUCUAGGUCAGCCUCGAGUGCCAGCCUGUGUGGAGCAGCAGAGGAACCUGGUGCACCUUUGGUGUUGAAGUUCAGAGAAGACAAAGCCCUCUCAGCCCAUGCCUUGCCCAGACUCAGCAAAAGCCCUCUCCUGUGCACUGGGUUUCAGUGGGGGCUGGCUGGCUGAUGCUCCAAGCCAAGUCUGCCCUUCUAAAUCAGCUGACCUGUCACUUGGGGAGGGGGCAGGACAUGCCUAGAGCCCCAGCGCAGCUGCCCUUGGAUUUGGCUGCAAGCUGGAAAAAGGCAAUGCUCCCCUGGAGCAGGUACAAGGAGGAAGAGACACAACUAUCCUGGCAGCCCCCAUGAAAGGUGAUGUUACAGUGCCCAGGAGAGGGAAGGAGGUCAGAGUGGCACUGGCUGUAGCAUGGCAGGAUUCUGGGCUGGAAGCUCUGCCCAAGGCAGGAUGAGUGCACUGAAGAGCUGUGAUUGUCCCCACUAAUGAGGGAAUGAUACAAGCAAAGCAUGGUAACCCAAGCUGGGCCCAACCCCUGUCUUGUCCUCUGCAGUAAGGGGUGGUGGUGGGGUUGUCCUGGAUUCACCCCUCUUUCAGCAGCUGCACAUGACACAGACCAUGCCCAUCCUGGGGGCAGAGCUGCCUCCCUAAUGCUACUCCUUUUCCAUCCCUCCUUUCCUCUGUGGAGAAACCAUCCACCACCCCUAACAGCCCCCAAAACCGACCUGGUUCCUCCCUUCAGGCAGGGACCCAAAUCACUGGACGUCAUUCCAACUGGAAGACCACAGCAUCCACAUGCCAGAGCCUUUCCUGGUGUUAGUUGUGCCAUCACACCUCCUUUCUGUGUCUCUUGUGGUGGGGGGAAACAAACCACAACCAACAAAGAAAAAGCAACUUGGCCUCUCUUCUGUGUUUUUAUAUAUAUAUAUAUAUAUUUUAUAUAUAUAUAAAAAUAUAACUGAUGGUUAGGGGAGUGAUUUUUUUUUCCCCUCCUCCUAUUUUUGUAGAUGUUUCUUUCUCUUCUUUUUGUUGUUGUUGUUUUUUUCUAUCUAUAAAUACUUGUACAGUUGGAAUAUUAAUAUAUAACGCUGGUGGUGGGGCUCAGAGCCCAGCCAUGCUCACUUCAGAGACUUGCAUUUUGUAUUUAAGGGACUCCUGGUUUGUAUCACGUGCAACCAACAGCUUCUUCGACUUGGACUGGGGCUGCUCUUCCCCUCCGUGUAAUUAAUAAAGUA